GGGGACAGGGCACCUGGGGUGUCCCCAACCCCUGACACCCCGCUGUGCCCCAGAUCCGCCGGAGGAGGCCCACGCCGGCCAUGCUCUUCCAGCUCUCCGAGCACUCCUCGCCAGAGGACGAGAACCUGCCCUACCAGCGCUCCUCGGGCGAGGGCUGCCUGCUCAAACCAAAGAGGACCAACCCGUGUGCCUACACCCCACCCUCGCUCAAAGCCGUGCAGCGCAUCGUGCAGUCCCACCUGGAGGAGAGCGGCCUGGGCGGGGGGGACAGCUCUGACGGGGAGCCCGAUGACGGCGAGCACGGCUGCGACCCCGACAGCGGCCUCGAGUCUGCCCCGGGGAGCCAGGGCAGAGCCGAGAGGAGCUACUUCCCCGCCGGGCCCAAGGCGCACAAGCGGAAAGGCGGGCAGAAGGUUUCCUUCGCCGGCGGCAUUGACGAGCGCGAGGAGGACCUGAAGGCCCUGACGGUGUCCGAGAUCCCCGAGGACCCCGAGGAUGAUGAGGCUGACGAGGAGGAGCCGGGGCAGGAGCAGGACGGUGGCACCGGGGAGCGGCGACACGUGGGCUUCUCCGAGGUGCCCCCGCGCCCCAUCGGCACCGAGCGCCACUCGCCCACCUUCCCGCUGGGCACCAGUUAGCCGGCACCGGGACACUGGGACACUGGGACCCGGCCCCCCCCUGCCAGCAGACGCCUUCCCCCCGGCCCCAGCAGCUUCGCCUGUGCCCCUCCGGCCGCCCCCCCUGCCCGCUGCCUGCGCUUCGUCUGCCGUGUGCCGCGCCGUGCCGUGCCAUGCCGGGCCAAACUGGGCCGUACUGGGCCGAACUGGGCCAUGCCGGGCCAUGCCAGGCCCCUCCCCACGCCCUCCCCACGGGCCUCGUGCCACCCCCCUGCUCCCCCCAACCCUGGCUGCCGGGGCAGGGGCUGG